UCUCUCUCUCUCUCUCUCUCUCUCUCUCUCUCUCUUUUCCAGUAUAUUAAUUCUCUCCAUUUUUCUCCACCUCGAAUUAUCUAGACUCAUCCAGAUCUCUUAAGCUCUAGGGUUCUUGGAUAUAUAUAUAUAUAUAUAUGUAUUGUUUUUUUUGGUUUUCUGUUUAUUGAUUAGAGUUUGAAAUUUCGGAGUGGAUUUUAAACUCCGUGGCCAGAUCGAGAGAUAAAGAGUUCACUUUCGCAUGCCGCGCAGUGGAGAUCGCGAUCUUGUUUUUAUCCUGAGGAAUUAAACUUCUGGAUUCAGUGAAGAAGCUGCGUAGUGUGUGACGAUCGAUGGAACUCCAAGGAAAAAAAGCAACUCACGAUUUCCUCUCCCUUUACACCAAGGAUUCGGAUCCAAAACCUCCCCCUCAAGGGUUUUAUCUAAAGACGCACGACUUCUUACAGCCGCUGGAGCGAGCGGAGGAGGCGAGGAAGAAGAAGCGCGGCGAUGAGUCAGCGGCGGUGGGCCCCGCCGAGCACGUGCUCCCGGGGGGCAUCGGCACGUUCAGCAUCAGCCACGUGUCCGACCCCCGCGCGAGGGCGGCGGUUAAGUCCGAGCGCGGCACGUGCGCCCCCGCUCCCGGGUUCGGGCCCGAGUCCAAACCCGAGUCCGUGCCCUUCGCGCUCUGGGGCGCCUGCGCGGACCACAGAGCAGGGCAGUGGUCAUCGCCAUUCGCGGCGCACGUUAGCGGCAGCGCCAGCUUCGGAUCCGUCUCCUCCGCCUCCAGGAACAAGCCGGGGCCGGAGAGGAAGCAGUUCAUGGACGCGGUCUCGAGGUCCAGCAAGGGUUUCGAGGACGACGAGGAGGAGGAGGAGGAGGAGAAGUUUGCGAGGAGAGAGGCCUCUUCUUCGCAUAAAGAGUUAGGUGUGAAAAUAGAUGGGAACGGCCGCGGGGGCGGCAAUGAUCAGAGACCCAACACGCCAAGAUCAAAGCACUCCGCUACGGAACAGCGGAGAAGAAGCAAAAUUAAUGACAGAUUUCAGAUACUUAGGGAACUCAUCCCUCAUAGUGAUCAGAAGAGAGACAAAGCUUCAUUUCUUCUAGAGGUUAUCGAAUAUAUCCGUUUCUUGCAAGAGAGAGUGCAAAAGUACGAGUCCUCAUGCCCAGAAUGGAACGAGGAUAAUGUGAAGAUGAUGCCAUGGGUAAAAGUCUAUUUUAGAUCAUUCUGGAAAAAUUCACGGAAUAAUAACCGAAGCCCUGAAAAUUUUAUAUCUGAUUCUUCACAAAUCAACAAAAGUGGUUCUGCUCACCCUCAGCAAACUUUGCUUGGAAAGAUCAAUGACAAUCACAUUCAGAUUGCACAUACGGUUACCUCAGAUGCACCCAAUCCAACAGAACUGAACCAAAUGGCUGGUGUCUCUUUCAAAGCGACUGAAAACCCCCCACAUUGUCCUGAUAACAACACAUUUCAGGCGCAAAACCAAUGGUUAAGAUCACCUCUUGUUGCCGAUUCUGCAUUUAGCAAUGAAAUGUUAAAUCAACAUGAGGAACUGGCGAUAGAUGACGGCACAAUUAAUGUCUCUUGUCAUUACUCUCAAGAGUUGUUGACUACACUGAGUCAGGCUCUCCAAAACUCUGGUUUAGAUUUGUCACAAGCCAGCAUCUCUGUACAGAUCAAUCUGGGUAAACGUGCCGCUAAUAAGAGAAGUGCAGCAGUCUCAACUUCCAGUCCGAAGGAUCACGUUCCUGCCGUAAAUAAUCAAGCAAGUGAGCAUGCAAGGGCGGGCAACACCGGACAAGAGUUUUCUGAAGCACCAAAGAGGCGCAGAGUCGAUAACAGCUAACGCCAAUUUCCUCAAACAGUUUUUUGGGAUUUUUAUUUUUAUUUUUUAACAUAUUUUCCGGCUGUUGCUGAGCACCGCUGAUCAGUGUAUAUUUGGGGUCCGCGAUUCUGAUUUUCUCUUGUUGCUGCGCACCGUCGACUAGUGUAUAUUAUUCUAUAUCUAUAUCUAUAUAUAUAUAUUUGAUCUUGAUAGCCCCGACGCAUGCUUGUG